UGCAGAAGGCGGCGGCUGGCUGGCCCGGACGGUCACAUCCCGCUGCAGGGGGCCAGCCUCGGCCGCCGCACUGUCCUCUGCACCGGGGACGCAGGCCAGCUGCCAGGCUUCGCCGGCAACGCCCCCUGCUCCGAGACAGACUACGCGCGGCCCUCGGGAACGCUGGGGGCCCCGCAGACCCGCGGCCCGCGGCCACUCCGCCUCUGCCCUCUCUGCCCGCAGCUCGGCUGGCGCUGCCCGCCUAGGCGGGCCCGCGUCGGGAUGGGGUAGGGCCAGCGCCAGUCCGGCGAUGGGCCGCCCCCUGGGCACCGAACAACCCCCCGAGGCCUGACCGACCACGAGGACCCGGCAGGAUCCCCGCCUGGAUGUUAAGCGUAUGCCUCCGGGCCCCUCGGCGAACUCGGUGGAAACCAUGGCUUCUUUGAUGCCUCUUUCCCCAUAUCUGAGUCCCACGGUCCUCCUGCUGGUCAGCUGUGACCUGGGCUUUGUGCGAGCAGACCGACCUCCCUCUCCUGUGAAUGUGACGGUCACUCACCUCAGAGCCAACUCGGCCACUGUGUCCUGGGACGUCCCAGAAGGCAACAUCGUCAUUGGCUACUCCAUUUCCCAGCAACGACAGAAUGGCCCUGGGCAGCGUGUAAUCAGGGAGGUGAACACCACCACUAGGGCCUGUGCUCUUUGGGGCCUGGCUGAAGACAGUGACUACACCGUGCAGGUCAGGAGCAUUGGCCUCCGGGGAGAGAGUCCUCCUGGGCCCCGUGUGCACUUCCGUACUCUCAAGGGUUCUGACAGGCUGCCCUCCAACAGCUCCAGCCCAGGAGACAUCACAGUGGAGGGUCUGGAUGGAGAGCGGCCAUUGCAGACUGGGGAAGUGGUCAUCAUCGUGGUGGUGUUGCUCAUGUGGGCUGCUGUGAUCGGGCUAUUCUGCCGUCAGUAUGACAUCAUCAAGGACAACGACUCCAACAACAACCCCAAGGAGAAGGGGAAGGGUCCUGAACAGAGUCCUCAGGGAAGGCCAGUAGGGACAAGACAGAAAAAGUCUCCUUCUAUCAACACCAUUGACGUUUGAGUGAACUGAGUGACUGAAGAACCAGAACCAGAAGAGAGAUGCACUGAUAAUGGGGGGUGGGGUCAGGGAAGCCUAAGGUGGUGAUCUCUUUGAGGCUCUCACAAGGCUGUGCACUCCCAGAAUCCCAGGCUGGUACCCAUCCUCUUUCCACUGUGAACAGGGCCAGAAGGUAGGUCUGUUAGAAUCUGUACCCCUGGACCUGGGAGUGGAUAUCAAAUGGAACAUCUCCUAUCCCCCAGGUCCAGGGGAGUCAUUUAUUCGACCCUAUCCCACUAGGUCCCAAAUGGGGCCCCAUCUCACUUGCAUCAGGACCAUUGGCAUCCACUAGCUGCCCC